AUGGCGAUUCCUCGUGCUCUCCCAGCGACGCUGGGGAUUGUUGCAGCGCUGCCGACUACAGCUGUCGUGGUGAUCCAAAUCAUCCUUGCUCGGCACCCAGUUGAUCAAGCAUCGGUGAGGAUCACAGCCAUCAUUGCUGCAGCGCUUGAGACGGUUGUCUUGAUUAUUCUAUCGGCUCUCACUGUCUCACAACUUGGGCGGUGGACACCGAACUCUCGCCUGGGGGAAUUCCACGGCCUCUGGUUUGGUGGAGGCUUGCUUUUGUGCACUGCUGCCGCCGCUGUAUCGGUUUCCAAUCUCAUCAGCCUCAGCAGGCUCGCCGAUGACCCUCUAAGUUCCCCGAUUUUAGGCGCAAAAGUGAUGGAUCUCUUGCUCGUUUUCUUGGUCUCGCAUUUUAUCUCCGGGCGGAUCCAUGGAACCGAAUGCAGGAUUCCAAGCCGUGCCGAUGAGCGUCGCAGCCGGUCGCCGCCGCGUAUCAAAGCAAUUGCUUAUCACGAGACGAGCCCCGUGUCGGCCAAGGUCCGCGGCAGCGCGUCCUUUGAAUGGCGGAGCCCUCCCGGAUCAAGUUCAGGACGUUCUGAGACCGUGAGCUCGAUCCGGUCGUCGCUAUCGCAAGUCGUGCGGCCAAUCACGUCAAAAACGCGUUUGCUCUCUGGGAGCCAGCGAUCUUCCCGUCGACCUGCUUCCCUCGAUCUUCCGGCUUUUCAUGAUCGGCGGUCGCACUCGACGGAUGACGGAUUUGACUCCUGGGACACUUCAGCUGUGGACCCGCAGAAUCGGCAAACGGUUUUGGAGUCAUCGUCGCCGCCCCCUGGCCGCUUCCUAGAGACCAUUCCAGCGAGUCCGGCGACUAGCAGGAGUCCUAGUCCUGGAACCCCGCUGGACAUUCUCGAGCCACCACGAACAAGGAGAAGGAGCCGAAGCUACAGUCCGGUAUCGACGAGGAGGAUCCAGGCGCAGCAAGCCGCCUUCACACAGCACCUGUCGCAGAGUGAGGCCAAUAUCCAUCCUCUCUUCCGGUCAGACUCGCCCACACCGCCGCCGCUGGCGACGCCAGGGACAGUCGUCACAGCCGCGCCCAAUGCCGGCGUGGUCAUUUCUGACAGGCAGAGUAUCCGGAGCAUUAAGAGCCUUACCCGUAUGCGAAGCGGGAGCCUCCCUACAGUUCCGAGCCCCCUCAGCCACCAGGGGUCCUUUGAUUCGUUCCGUCGGAGAGUAGACGCUAGCCCUCCGGAGAUUCGAGAGGAGGAGGAGGCAUCCAGCGCGGGGCCGGACACAGAACGGAAAAUGACGCCCCCGAUCCCCGAGUGGAUUCUGACGGCUGGCUCUCGCAACAGCCUGACGACCUACAACACCCGGAAAUCCCGAACCCCCGGCGGGGAUGAGGAUGUGUCCGGUACGGAACAGCGGCUAUCAUGA